UUCCACCUCUCAACGUCUUUACAAUCUCCACUCUUAACACAUAAGACAAACUUUUUUCUUUUCUCUCUUAACAAUGAGAGCUCCAAUGGGUCGUGGACGUGGCGGUAGAGGAGGCUUCAAUGGCCGUAACCACUCCAAUGCUACAAGAGGCAGAGGUGGUGGUGGACGUGGUGGUGGUCAUGGUAUUGGACGUGGGGCUGUUCGUCGUGGUGGUCGAGGUGGCGUUGCCGGAAGGGGUAGAGGAAGAGGAGGCAUUGGUGGUCGUGGCGGAGGAGGAAUGAGAGGUGGUAGGAAUGUGGUGAUCAUUCCUCACAGGCAUGAAGGAAUAUUUUUAGCCAAAUCAAAGGAGGAUGCUCUUGUCACUAAAAACUUGGUACCUGGUGUUACUGUUUACAACGAGAAACGCAUAUCUGUUCAGAGUGAAGAUGGAACAAAGGUUGAAUAUAGAGUUUGGAAUCCAUACCGUUCAAAAUUGUGCGCUGCCGUCUUGUGUGGCAUAGAUGAUACUUGGAUUAAACCUGGAAAUCGUGUUCUUUACUUGGGAGCUGCUUCUGGAACUUCUGUUUCUCAUGUCUCUGACAUAGUUGGACCAGGGGGAGUGGUGUAUGCUGUUGAAUUCUCAAACAGGAGUGGGAGGGAUUUGUUGAACAUGGCCAAGAACAGAAGAAAUGUUAUUCCCAUAAUUGAAGAUGCUAGGCAUCCUGCAAGAUACAGAAUGUUGGUUGGUAUGGUGGAUGUCAUCUUUUCUGAUGUUGCUCAGCCUGAUCAGAUAAGGAUCUUAGCCUUGAAUGCAUCAUAUUUUCUCAAAGUUGGAGGUCACUUUGUGCUGUCAAUCAAGGCCAACUGCAUAGACUCUACCCUUCCAGAUGACAAAGUAUAUGAACAAGAAGUGCAGAAACUGAAGGCCAACCAAUUCAAGCCUAUUGAGCAAGUUACUAUGGACGAGUACCAAAGACACCAUGCUUGUGUUAUUGGAGGAUACCGAAUUCCAAGAAAGAAGAACCCUGUUGCUUAGCUGAUUUAAGUUUCUACUUUUAUCUAGCUCUGUAUCCCUUAUAUAUGCUUCUAAUUAGGCAUCUUUUAUAUUUAAAUUGCACUAGUAAACUUCAGUGAGAUUUAUAUUUCUUAUGCAAAGAUUGGUUCAGAACAUAUUGCUACUUAUAUAUGAGAUUUAUAAAGGUUAACAUCACCCUUCCAUAUUAUA